AAGUAAGUAAGGUUAUGCAUGUGACGUUGCUUGCUUGCUGGAACUGGACGGCCCGAAGCGUGUUUGCACUGUUUCCUCAUCAGUUUUAGACGAUUUUCUCAUUGUAUUUGUGUUCUUAUCAUCGCGAAAAAUGAAAUUUGUCUCAAAUUAAAGUAAGUCACCUCAACACCAUGGGGAAAAAACUGCUGCCACUUCUGGCAGAUCCUCAAGACCCUCCUCUUGGUGCUCUUGUAGUUGUAGAAAUAAUUUAUAAAUCAAUGCCAGUGUUUGUUGAUUGGAAUGCGAAAGAAACUUCUCUCACUGUUAUACCGAAUGUGAAAUUUACAACCGAUGUUUCCAUCUGCCGCUAUCUGGCUAAAUUCAACCAAGACUUCAAACUUUUCGGAGAGUCAGAUAUUGUCGGUCUUGAGGUUGAUCAGUGGCUGACAUUCAGCAUCGGCCCUCUAAAAUGCAAUGUUGAAUUUCCCAGUGCCAUCUCUUACUUAAAUCAAGUGCUGGCCAUCAGAACUUACCUUGUUGAUAAUAAGCUGACUGUUGCUGAUAUAUGUGUCUGGGCUGCCCUGUAUCCAAACUCACAAUGGAACAAACUUAUAGAAGACGGAAAAGCUCCCACCCAUGUUCUCCGGUGGUAUAAUUUCAUUAACUCUUUAGAGUGUGUGACAGCCGCAAUAGCAAGACUUCCAUCAUCUGAUAUGAGUAGCAACAAAAAGUCGAAGCCUGAGUCAGCUCCGAAGAGUCAGUCAAGUGUCUCUGAACGGAAACAGGAAGGCAAGUUUUUAAAAUUACCAAAUGCAGAAAAAGGGCACGUUGUCGUCAGAUUCCCUCCUGAGGCCAGUGGAUACCUUCACAUUGGUCAUGCCAAAGCAGCUUUAUUGAACCAAUAUUAUCAACAGGAGUUUGAAGGCAAAUUAAUAAUGAGAUUUGACGACACAAAUCCAGCCAAAGAGAAAGUUGAUUUUGAAAAGGUCAUCCUAGAAGAUGUUCAAAUGCUUAAAAUAAAGCCUGAUAUUUUUACAAGAACCAGUGAUCAUUUUGAAAAGUUGCUGGAACUUUGCGAAAAAAUGUUGCAAGAAGGGAAAGCUUAUGUCGAUGACACAGACCCUGAAGUGAUGAAAAAUGAAAGAGAGAAACGUGUAGAAUCUGCCAAUCGCAAUAAUGAUGUGGAGAAAAAUAUGAAAAUGUGGAAAGAAAUGAAAGAAGGCUCUGAAUUCGGCCAAAAAUGCUGUGUACGCGCCAAAAUUGACAUGCAGUCUGCCAAUGGUUGCAUGCGAGACCCAACAAUGUAUAGAUGCAAGAAUGAACCUCAUCCAUGUCACGGCAACAAGUACAAAGUUUACCCAACAUACGAUUUUGCUUGUCCAGUAGUCGAUAGCAUUGAAGGUGUGACUCAUGCCUUGAGAACUACUGAAUAUCAAGAUCGUGACGAGCAGUUUUAUUGGUUUAUCGAAGCACUUGGACUACGAAAACCUCACAUCGAAGCUUACAGUCGACUGAACAUGACCCAUACUGUCCUAUCAAAAAGGAAACUCACCUGGUUUGUUGAUAAUAAAAUUGUGGAUGGAUGGGAUGAUCCUCGAAUGCCAACUGUUCGUGGUGUUCUCAGACAUGGAAUGACUGUUGAAGGCUUGCGACAAUUCAUCUUAGCGCAGGGCUCAUCUCGUUCCGUUGUUUUCAUGGAAUGGGAUAAAAUUUGGGCUUUUAAUAAAAAGGUUAUUGAUCCUGUGGCCCCUCGUUACUCAGCUGUUGAAAUGUCAUUCACCCCAGUAUUUGUCAAAGGAGUCAACAAAAGCACAGCCACUGUUGCCAAGCAUCCUAAAAAUCCAGAUAUUGGAAGUAGGAACAUAGUGCUCGAUUCUAAAAUCAUAAUUGAUUCUGAAGAUGCCAAUGCGCUUAAAGAAGCAGAAAACACAACUUUCAUUGGUUGGGGGAAUCUGAAAAUUACCAAGAUCAACAAGGAGAAUGGUAAUGUAACCAGUGUUGAAGCUGAACCGAACUUGGAAAAUAAGGACUUCAAAAACACUUUAAAAUUAUCGUGGUUGGCUGAGAAUGAAGAAAACACACCCUGUUUGUUUGUUUAUUGCGAUCAUUUGAUGAGCAAAGCCGUCCUAGGUAAAGACGAGGAUUUCAAAGAUUUCAUCAAUACAAAUUCUAAGGUCGUCAAAGCUAUGAUUGGAGACCCAGACCUCAAAACGUUGAAAAAAUCCGACAUUAUUCAAAUUCAGAGGAAAGGAUUUUUCAUUUGUGAUGAGCCUUACAAAUCAAAAUCAGCCAAUAAUGGAGUGGAGUCUCCUGUGGUCCUCAUGUACAUACCUGAUGGACAUUCCAAACCGAUGGCAACCAGUGGUAUUCAAAAGCCUGACCCAGCAACCAACAAAGCGAAAGAAACGCAAUCUAAGUCUGCUAAAAAUUCAAGCGGUAAAAAAGACUCAACCUCUGCACCUGAAAAAAUUUUGGAGCUGAUUCAAGAACAAGGUGAUAAAAUCCGAAAACUGAAAGGAGACAAAGCAGAUAAGACAGUCAUAACGGCAGAGGUUCAGGUGCUUUUAGGGUUGAAAGAAGAUUUCAAGAAAGCUACCGGCUUGGAAUGGAAGCCUGGCAUAACCUUGGAGCCUGCAAGUUGUCCUGCAAAGACGUCCACCACCAGUGAUGCCGGUGCUCCAGAAGAAAUUUUAGAGAAAAUCCAAGUUCAAGGCGAUAAGAUUCGCAUACUGAAAGGUGACAAAGCAGACAAGGCAGUCAUUACAGCCGAAGUUCAAACUCUCCUAGGCUUGAAAGAAGAGUUCAAGAAGGCAACAGGAUUAGAAUGGAAACCUGGUAUAACCUUGGGACCUGCAAGCUGUCCUGCAAAGCCAUCCUCCACCAGUGAUGCUAAUACUCCCGAAGCAAUUUUAGAGAAAAUUCAAGUUCAAGGUGAUAAGAUUCGCCAAUUGAAAGCUGACAAAGCAGAUAAGUCAGUCAUUACUGCUGAAGUUCAAACUCUUCUAGGCUUGAAAGAAGAGUUCAAGAAAGUGACUGGAUCAGAAUGGAAGCCGGGCAUAACCCUUGAAACUAAAAGCUGUCAGGCAAAAACAUCCAGUACCAGUGAUGCCAAUACUCCAGAAGCAAUUUUAGAGAAAAUUCAAGUUCAAGGCGAUAAGAUUCGCCAACUAAAAGCUGACAAAGCAGAUAAGGCAGUCAUUACAGACGAAGUUCAAACUCUUCUCGGCUUAAAAGAAGAGUUCAAGAAAAUAACAGGAUUAGAAUGGAAACCUGGUAUAACCCUGGGACCUGCAAGCUGUCCUGCAAAGCCAUCCACCACCAGUGAUGCUAAUACUCCAGAAGCAAUCUUAGAGAAAAUCCAAGUCCAAGGUGAUAAGAUUCGCCAACUAAAGGCUGACAAAGCAGAUAAGGCAGUCAUUACAGCUGAAGUUCAAACUCUCCUAGGCUUGAAAGAAGAGUUCAAGAAGGCAACAGGAUUAGAAUGGAAACCAGGUAUAACACUCAGUGCUUCAGGGAAUCAAACUGGGACACAAGGCGCAGCACCUGUCAAACCAGCGCAGACUUCAGUGAAAGAGAAGAAAGAAAAACCAGCCAAAGGGAAACCCGUGAAGGAAAAGACUCCUCCAGCAGCAGUUAGUGAUUCCAAAAAUGCUGCUCUGAAGAAGCAGACAAGGCUUGGUCUGGAAGCAAGAAAAGAGGAUAAUUUGGCAGACUGGUACUCGCAAAUUAUAACUAAGGGUGAAUUAAUUGAGUACUACGAUGUAAGUGGCUGUUACAUUCUGAGACCCAAUGCAUUCGCAAUCUGGGAGGUCAUUCAAUCGUGGCUGGAUAAAGAGUUGAAAAAGUUAGGAGUGAAAAAUUGUUACUUCCCAAUUUUCGUUUCAAAGGCUGUUUUAGAAAAAGAAAAGGAUCACAUCAGUGAUUUUGCACCAGAAGUAGCUUGGGUCACAAAAUCUGGCAGCUCAGAUAUGGCAGAGCCGAUUGCUAUCCGACCAACUAGUGAAACUGUCAUGUAUCCAGCCUAUGCCAAGUGGAUUCAGUCCCAUAGAGAUCUUCCUAUCAAGCUUAAUCAAUGGAAUAAUGUGGUCAGGUGGGAAUUCAAGCAUCCCCAACCAUUUAUCCGAACCAGAGAAUUUCUUUGGCAGGAAGGACACUCGGCCUAUGCUUCACGUGCAGAUGCUGAGGAAGAGGUUCUUCAAAUCCUUGGUCUUUAUGAGAAAAUCUACUCUGAUUUGCUUGCCAUACCUGUAGUUAGAGGUAAGAAAACGAACAAAGAGAAAUUUGCUGGUGGUGACUACACUACGACUGUAGAGGCAUUCGUCUCGGCAAGUGGAAGGGCUGUUCAAGGAGCAACUUCACAUUUCCUCGGACAGAACUUUUCAAAAAUGUUCGAGAUCAUCUAUGAAGACCCUGAAACUCAAGAGAAGAAAUUCGUAUUCCAGAAUUCCUGGGGUAUCACAACUAGAACAAUAGGUGUCAUGAUCAUGGUUCACGGAGAUAAUCAAGGUCUCGUGAUUCCUCCAAGAGUAGCAUCUUUACAGGUAGUUAUAGUGCCAUGUGGAAUCUCAGCAUCGAUGAAAGACGAUGAGAAGAAAGAGCUUUACAAGUCUUGUUCGGAUCUGGCCUCUCAAUUACAAGAAAGCGGAGUCAAAGUAGAAAGCGACUUCCGAGAAAACUAUUCUCCUGGAUGGAAAUUCAAUUCUUGGGAGUUGAAGGGUGUGCCAGUGCGAGUUGAACUAGGUCCCAAAGACAUGAAGAAUAAUCAAUUCGUUGCUGUUAGAAGAGAUACUAAUGAAAAGAUAGUAUUUUCAAGAAGUAAAGCUGUAGAGGAUGUUAAAACCUUAUUAGACACGAUACAGUCUUCCAUGCUACAGAGGGCUAAAGACGAUCUGAAUAGUCACAUCAAACUGUGCAAGGACUGGGCUAAUUUCUGUUCCUACCUUGACGGCAAAAAUAUUAUCCUUUCCCCAUUCUGUGGAGAGAUUUCGUGUGAAGACAAAAUUAAAGAGUCUAGUGCAAGAGAUGAUACUGAAGUUGCUGGUGCCCCUGCAAUGGGUGCAAAAAGUUUAUGUAUUCCAUUCGAUCAACCAAAAGAGGGAAUAUCAGCAACUGAUAAAUGUAUCAAUCCGUCUUGCAGCAACAAGCCUCAAUUUUAUACUUUGUUUGGUCGUAGCUAUUAAUUUUUAACAAUUUUUUAUUUACUGAAUAAAUAAAUGUGAAACUCAA